CAGACAAACAAACUAUUGGGACAGAACAGAAACUAAACAAUUCAAUUAGAGGAGGAGGAGGAGGAAUGCAGCAAGAUCAACGGCCUGGGUUGAUUAUCUCUCGGGCUGACGGAGAGUACAGAGUUCAGCUUGUCCUUGUUUGAAAACUGCCGCCUUUAAUGAGGAACAGGGCGAGAUGUUUUGAAAUCUUGUUUCUCAGAGAGGCUGCUGGAUGUGUGAACAAGCCAGGCUGUGCAGGGUUGGGCAUGUUGUCACUCCGCUGAGAACAGACAUACUGACCUGGGAGGGAUUUCAAACCUUCACUUCAGCCAGAGUCCCUGAAACGUGAAAAAGCCUCACCACUGACCAACUUGGGAAAGAAAGGAGGAAUAUUCCCCAGCCCUUGGCAGGUUUAUAAAGAAUAUCCCUGCAGAUAAUUGGGAUACUCUGCUGUCUCCUCCUUAAGGAGCGCCGCUGUUUCAUAAACUGUGGAGAAGAGUCCUGAAACAAUUUCUUUAUAAAAGGAGCAAGCGUGUUCUCACUGCACAGGAACUGUCAGUGAGUGAGGACAGAGGCUGUUCCUAGCUACUGCUCUGAAGAUUGAAACGACAGAGAUAGCCUCGUCAGCCACACAACCCUCCGAGGCAGUGGAAGCAGCUGUUCCCAGGGCAAUUCAUCUCCCUAUCCCCCUCCCUCAACAUUUCACCCCGAAUAUCUCACACAGACAGCACUCCACAAAACUGUCAGUGUUAUCUUCAACUGAAUCAGUGGGAGACAAGUGAUCGUCAUUGGAGACAGUAUCACUCGGAGGGAGAGAGAGAGAGAGAGAGAGAAGGAGGCAGUGUGACUGCCAGAGAGAGGAGAGAAAAGGAGAGACAGUGACUGGCAUAGAGAGGGAAGGAGAGAGAGAGAAAGUGACAGGUGGAGAGAGGGAAGGAGAGAGAGAAAAGGAGAGACAGUGACUGGCAUAGAGAGGGAAGGAGAGAGUGAUCCCCAGAGAGAGGGAAGGAGAGAGAGAGAGUGACAGGUGGAGAGAGGGAAGGAGAGAGAGAGAGUGACAGGUGGAGAGAGGGAAGGAGAGAGAGGUUCCCAGAGAGAGGAAAGGAGAGAGAGAGAGAGUGACAGGUGGAGAGAGGGAAGGAGAGGGAGAGGUUCCCAGAGAGAGGGAAGGAGAGAGAGAGAGAGAGAGAGUGACAGGUGGAGAGAGGGAAGGAGAGGGAGAGGUUCCCAGAGAGAGGGAAGGAGAGAGAGAGAGUGACAGGUGGAGAGAGGGAAGGAGAGGGAGAGGUUCCCAGAGAGAGGGAAGGAGAGAGAGAGAGAGUGACAGGUGGAGAGAGGGAAGGAGAGGGAGAGGUUCCCAGAGAGAGGGAAGGAGAGAGAGAGAGUGACAGGUGGAGAGAGGGAAGGAGAGGGAGAGGUUCCCAGAGAGAGGGAAGGAGAGAGAGAGAGAGUGACAGGUGGAGAGAGGGAAGGAGAGGGAGAGGUUCCCAGAGAGAGGGAAGGAGAGAGAGUGCCAGCCGGAGAGAUGUCCACCAAAGCUCCGAUCUAUCUGAAGCGGAACAGUCAGAAGGGGAAACAGGGGAAGUUACGGGACAUUUUGUCGUCAGACAUGAUCAGCUCGCCUCUCGGAGAUUUCCGUCACACCAUCCACAUCGGGAGUCGAGGCGAGGAUGAUAUUUUUGGCGACAUUUCCUUCCUGAAGGGCAAGUUCCACCUGUUACCAGGCAGGCAGGGAGACUCCGUGCUGGGUAAGGUGCCUGGCUGUGCCCGCCCUGCUAGCCUGCAGCAGCAGGUAUCCCCCCUCCUGAAGAAUGCCAUCUCGCUGCCUGUGAUCGGGGGCUCUGUGCCUGAGACCGAAGCUCCCCCGAAACCCCCCAGGCUGCACUUGGACAGUAAGGGCGGAGAUUCCCAGGCCACGGGGCUGGUCUGCAGCAGGGACCGGGAGCAGGGGGAGAGUACGGCUGGCAGACAGCCUGCUACUGCCAUCCCAGAGACUCUGCAACCUUCUCCAGGCCUACUCCACUCCAACAUGAGGGAGGGACCCGACAGUAACCUACUCCCCAAUGCUGUCUCUCUCCUGUCUCUGCACCUGGACCUGGGCCCCUCCAUCUUAGACGAUGUCCUUCAGAUCAUGGACAGGGAGCAGGACAUUCAGCCCAACCUGGCCUGCUUGGAGCCUAGCCCACGGUGUCAGAUCCUGUCCUUACAGUAAGUUCCCACCCCCACCCUGACCCCCAGCUGUCCGUGCUAACCUUGGGAGCAGCGGGAGCUGGACACGGGGUAGGGAGUGUUUGAGUGAGGCAGGGGAGCAGCCCCAUCUUCUAGACAACAAAGACCCCACUCUCCGAAGCACAGGAACCAUGGGAAAAGGCCAUUCAGCCCCAUGCUAUCCACACAGGCAUCUCACUCCGUGACCCUGUACCUGUCGGAAUAAUCACCCCCCACCCUCCUGAAGGAAGGGAAUCAAACAGCAGGCUUGAUGCGGGAGCAGACUAUUCAACCAGGAGAGCUUCACCUCUUCCCCAUCCUCCCUGAACUGGCCCCCCCAGCUACCCCAGCACGGUCCGGGUCAGUGGGUGGCCCCGGAAGAGUUCCUUUGGCUGCCCCGUGUUGGUGGUGCCGAGGACGGGAAUGUGGUGCUAAUAUCUCAGGGAGUGGAACAUUCCUCCCCCCACCCACCCCCCCACUCCGGCUCUCUGUGGGGGCUCUCUCAGCAUCGCCGUCCACGCUGGGCUGUUGUUGAGGCCUGGCCCUCCCUGGACUGAGCAAGAACCUGUCAGCUUCCUUCAGGACAGUCCUCCCUCAGCCCACUCUGCCCAUCUGGGCUGGGCUGGGCUGGGAGCAAGUUCUGAGAAAGAGACUGGACAUAAAUCAACACAGCACUCCCUUCUACCAGGUGGACGGAAAAGACUAUUUUGUGGGAGAGUCUGGGUGGGAUGAGGGCCUGAGGGAGUGGUCCUGGGGCCAAUUUUAAUCCCUCAACGCCCCCCUCCCACCUCCCCAACUGAAGUGGAACGUCUGCUUUCGCCCCCGGGAGCUUGCUGUGUGGAAAUUGAUGCUGCGUUUGCCACAUUCCAGCAGUGACCACACUUCAGAGACAGAGGAGAGCCUGCGAUUGGCCUGAGCUGCUGAAAGGUGCUAUAGUAAUGCAAGUUGAGCUCAUGUACCGUCACAGCCAGGGUUGGGUCUGUGCAGACUUGGGGAUGUUUCUGGAGGACACCUCUGUGUGGGUACAACAGGACACUACUCACUGUCUAUGUUUUUAUAUCCAAUGUAAGUGUUUGUUUUCUGUAUCAGAGAUGUGGUCAAUGUCAGGAAUCAACAGACGUUUUCUGUGUGAAA